AAUACGGAGGCACAUAUUCUUAUCAGCUGUUUUUUUGCCAAACGCGGCAAAAUGAAAAUAUUUUCAGGAAAAUUCCACUCAAAAUUUUCCGUAUCCGUUCUCGUGUCUAAUUUUAUUCAGUAACUCGGCUACAAUUAUUCAUUCUAUAAAAUCAUCCAUAAGCUGCAAUAUUUGAGUUGAAUUUAAUUUAUUACAUGAUCGCGUUCCUCGUAAUGUUCGUUUGAUAAAACAGUCGUAAGUAUGAGCGCUUAUUCUACUCCAACGAGAGUAUGUUUUGACGAAGGAUCUUCUCCGAGCUGCAAUCAGUCCUUUUACUUUACUCCUCAAGAAACGUUCACUCAUCUCACUCCUCAAACCAGAUCGAGAAAACGUGCGACUCCGUUCAAAGGAAAAGUGCCGAAAUUCAACAUCUGCGACGACGUAGUCUCAAGAUCAGAAGAUAAUUUACGUAGAAAUAAUGAUCGCACUGGCGUUAGUUCACCAAUUCCGAUCUCUGCCCGAGAUACUGUUAAAUGGGCAUGUCAGAACGCGCAUUCCGCGAAAGAAGCGGUGAUAUCUAUCGAUAAAGAAAACAUUGGUCUUAGAUUUUGUUCGACGCCUUCUCUACCACUUCGUAGACCUCAGAUCGGAUAUACGCCUUUGAGAAAUAUCUCUAAUCAAUCGAAUGACAAAAACGCUACCGUUUUUGAAGCUCGAAUAUCCAGUGUUGGUAAACAUUUUGACUUGAGGAUAAGAACGGAAGCUGACGUUGAUCAACCCACCAAGUGUAGCGUUGUUCGAAACAGUCCAACUUUUACAUCUAAUGGCAGUAGUAAAGAACCGCCGAUGAAUGUUUCGGCGAUAGAAUCGAAUGAUGAAAUUGAGAAAAAUAGGACUUUGUUACGGGACUUUGGAGAAGGUCAUAGAUUGCAGCGAAAAUCCAUUAUAAGUAGUUCCGAAAUAAUUUUGAAAAAUGAAACUCUGAGUUGUGAUAAAAAUUCGUUGGACAGUUCUGUAACUCCUUUAUUAGUUGAAAAGAAAGAAUCAGCUAAAAAAAUCAAAUUUUGGCGAUUUGUCAAGAUUAAGAAAAAGUUGAGAAUUUCACCAGUGAAACGAUUACUCACCAAGUCCACGAGAUAUUUGAUCUUAUUCAAGGAAAAAAUUGCUGAGCGCAUUUCGCGACAUCCGAUUAAAACCCUGAUUAAUCCAAAGCUAGAAGAAGUUUCGUGUAUUCCAACUGAAACAAAUUCAGUUCAAACGCAGCGAAUUUGUUCGCUGUGCCUUGAUAAUUUAUGUAACAAAGAAGAGGCUAUGUCCAAAGUGUUAUCAGCCCUCAUGACGAAAUUGACCUCGAUGGAGGAAGAAUUGAAAGAGAUUAAAGACCAUGUUAAGAAUAAUGCGAACAGCAUUUCAAACCAUGGCACCAAUGUUCGACUUCCUCCUCUACCACCUCCUCCCCCGCCACCACCACCACCGCCGCUGAAUUUCUUGAACUCGGAAGACCAGUCCGGAACUUUAAAGAGAAAGCUUACCACGCCCGAAAAUGCUGAUCAUGCAGUGAAAAGACCGGCGAUCAAAAACGAAAAGACUCAAUUUUCUAUUACUGUAGAAGAUCUUAGAAGUGUGAAACUAAGAAAAACGCCUGCUCAUGUUUUUAAACCUCGCGAAAGAAACCAGUCAAACACGGUGAACAGCGAUGAAGUUUUGCGAUCAUCAAGGAUGAAGAAAAAUAGAAGCGUUAAAAAUUGUGCUAAACGAGCCCAAAGCUUAGCAGAAUUAAGUUCUAGAGAAAAUGUUUCGUUUAACCGAGAUGUUGUAAUAGACUCGAGUAAUGCGAGCACGCCUUGUGGAGAAAAUCCCUCAAUUAUUUGCAUACACGAGGAAACUCCGGUCAGUAGUAAGAAUACUUUGGUAAAUAAUCGACCUCAGAAAAGAAAAGAAUGGUUGAUGAAAUCACCUAUUAGAAAACGAGUCAACACAGGCAAUAAUUCUAGUGUUAGUUGCGAUUUUGAAUCUAAAUAUUGAUUAUCGAUUCAAUUUUAUUUGUUUGUGCAUUAAGAAACAUAAUGUUUUUUUGUGUUCGUAUUUUGUUGUGAUAAUUAUUUUCAAUAGUCAUUUUAUUGUUUCGAUUAAUACGUAAUUAAACUUUUUUUUUUACCGGUA